CAUCAGCCGAUAGCAGCUUGCUACCAGCUACCAUCUCUAGAGCAGAGCGGCCGCAGAAUUGUGAAAAAGGAAAGAUUCGGUAAUUUACGUGUGGAUUUACAAAGUGCCGUGAACUCAGCACUUUCAGCAGCCGCAUUCCCGAGAUCUUCUUAGUGAUCCCUGCUGGCGCUUAGUUCCAGAAGCAAGAAACAGGACAUCCGUACUCACAUAUUUCACUUCGUGUGGCGUUUGCGCCCAUCCGUGUGCGUGUGUGUGUUUGUGUGACAGUCCAGUAGCUGUUUGUGUGUGUGAAUUGUCGGCUUUAAUUUUGCAAGCACGCUCAAGUUGAGUUUAUAAAGGACACAAAGGAUUCGCAGGCGGAAUUGAAACGCACAAGAUGUCGUACCCGCCGCGGGCGCCCAUGCCGCCCUACAUGAAUGCAUCGAUACCUCCACCGCACAUGAUGCCGAACAUGUCCAAUCCGCCGAGGAACUUCCGCAAUUCGGCGACUAUCAGCUCACAACCGACAGUAUACCAUCGUCCGCCAGAGCCGCAGCCUCAGUUCCGCGGACCCAUAAUCACCGUCUUUGUGGGCAACAUUAGCGAACGCGUCCCGGAGGCGCUACUCAAACGCAUUCUGACCACCUGCGGAACGGUCAUUAACUGGAAGCGGGUCUCCACAUUCGGCUUCUGCGAAUUCGAUGGACCCAUUGCAGCUAUGCGAGCUGUGCGCCUGCUUAGCGAGUUGGAGAUCGAUGGAAAGAAACUGGUUGCCAAGGUUGAUGCCAAGAACAAGGUGCUCAUCGAGGACUACAAGGAGAAGGAGUGUAAGAACGGCGAUCGCUCCAACUCAGUGGACGAGAAGACCGAGGACGAGUAUGCCAUGAGCCAAAUGCAUGAAUUCCUCGAGGAGCACAAGCAUGAGUUUGAGGGAUUCGACAGCAGCAAUCGCUCCGAUCUGUACGGCAGCACUAGUCGAAAUAAGAAGACGCGUCGCGAGGACGACAUUAAGAUCAAGGUUUUAAACGAUAAUACCUUAGAAGAAGAGAAACGCAACCUCAUUAGCAGCGAAAUUGGCAAGUUUCGAAUGCGGGCGGAGGCCGACGAACACCGCAAAGAGCUGGAGAAGGAGAAGGAAAAGGAGAAGCUGGCAGCUAACAAAGAGAAGGAGCGUAAGAAGAACCAGCGUGAAAAGGAGCGCAAGGAUUCCACCAGCAAAUCUAGCAGCUUAUUAGCAGCAGGCACCAGCUCUUCCGGCAACCCUGCUAUAGCUUCUUCGGCAACUUCCGGUGCCGAUGGCAAUGACUUGGCAGAAACUGCUGGCAAAGAAGCAGUUUCCGCUGUUGCCAAAGAUGCUGCUUCUGCCAAGGAACCGAAGGAACCCCCCUCCACCAGACGCAGCGCCAGCCGUCGCAGGGAACCGCCUACCAUCGAUAUUACACAGAAGGAGAGGCGAUCUGAUUCCAAGGAGUCGCGACGCCGUCGCACAAAGUCCCGCUCCAAGGACCGGGAACGAGAACGCGAACGUGAGCUGCGCGAUCUUCGCGAAAAGGAGCGCGAGCGUGAACGCGAAAGGGAGCGGGAACGGGAAAGGGAACGCGAACGUGAACGCAAUGAAAUACGUGAACGGGAACGCAACGAGAUGAGGGAGCGCGAACGGGAACGCGAACGAGAAAGGGAACGGGAGCGGGACAGAGAACGCGAGCGGGAACGCGAAAAGGAACUGCUGAAGCCAGUACGGGACUCGCGACGUGAAAAGGAGAUGGAGGACGAACUGCGUGAGCGUAAGAAGUCCGAGAAGAAGGCGCGUGAGAAGGAGGCCGCCUACCAGGAGCGCUUGUCCAACUGGGAGAUUCGUGAAAAACGCAAGGCCAAGGAGAACGAGAAGUACCGCCUCAAGGAACUGCUGCGCCAGGAGGAGCGCGAGAGCGACGCGAAACGACUGAAAGAGUUCGUCGAGGACUACGAUGAUGAGCGCGACGAUUCACUGUAUUAUCGUGGCCGCGAACUGCAGCAGCGGCUGGCGGAGAGAGUGCGAGAGGCUGAUGCCGAUUCCAAGGAUCGUGAGAAGGAGGCCGACGAACUGGCCGAGCUCAAGACCAAGUUCUUCAGCGGGGAAUAUGAGAACCCGUCGCUGGAGUACGAGAAAGCGCGUCGCGAGAUCGAGAAGCUCUAUGAGCCCCGCAUUCUGAUCAAUGUGAAUCUAGAGGGUGCGGCAGCAGCGACAACAGCAGGUCACCAGCGCAAGCAAGCCGCUUCAGCAGCAGGUGAAGGUGGUGAUGGACAGAAACAGCGACUGAAGAGCCAGCAGCUGGACAGCUACGAUCCAGACAUGGCAGGAAUGAAUGAUGAUGACUCCAUAUCGAACGACGACCGCGGCUCCAUGGCCGAUACAGCCUCCAAUAUCAGUGGUGGCUAUGCCAAGAACAACAAUAACGACAAGUCGCUGUCGAACAGUCUGAGCAGGCAGAAUAGUGAAUCACAGGAUUCGCUAGCCCAGAUUAACACACCCACGCAGAGCGCCCUGCUGAAUGAGCAAGGAUCGGGGCACGAUGCCCUGUUACCUUCGGCCACGCCACCCAUAACCAUGCCCCUCAUCUCGCUGACGCUCGGCAACAACCUCAAAAAGAAGAAGAUAGAGGCUACGGGCGUGUUUGUCAACGACGAUGACAACGACGAAAAUAUCAAUCCCAAGAAGCGCAAACUGGUGCCGCUAGACUACGAUGACAACAUGAGCAACACCACACCAUCCAACCAUCCAGCCAGCACCGCCGGCGGAGUAGCGAAUAGCAGUAGCAGCAACAACAAUAACAGCUCAGCGGAUCGCCAAAGCUCCGCCGUAUCGGCGGCCACCGCUGCAGCCGCUGCCGUUAGCCAGAAGAUCGCCCAGUCAGGUGGUUCCUCUGCGCCGGGGUCGGGAUCCGGUUCUGGCAGCUCCGGUACGAGCACAGCCGGCGGCAAGAACAACGGCAGUAGCAGCAGCGGCGGCAACAGUAACAACAAACAGAACAGCAGCAGCAAACAUGGUAAGAAUGAGGCAGCUGCAUCUGCGAACAGUGGCGCAGAUGCUGCCGCUACAAACACCAAAAAGGAUGAGAAUGGUGCAAAGGUGUAUGAUGAAAAACGGCGGCAUAUAAAAAGCAUUAUUGACAGGAUUCCCACGCAAAAGGAGGAGCUAUUUAAUUAUAAGCUUGACCGCAACGAGAUUGACAGCGGUCUAAUGGAACGCAAAAUACGUCCAUGGAUCAAUAAGAAAAUCAUCGAGUAUAUCGGUGAGCCAGAGCCGACGCUAGUGGACUUUAUAUGUUCCAAAGUAUUGGCAGGCAGCCCGCCUCAGAGCAUCUUAGACGAUGUGCAAAUGGUACUCGACGAGGAGGCUGAGGUGUUUGUGGUGAAGAUGUGGCGAUUGCUCAUCUACGAACUCGACGCCAAGAAGAGCGGCAUUGCGGGGAAGUAGAAGGAUGUCCCGCAUCACGGGGGAAUUGGGCGGGAGCGGGUGCAGAUCGAGAAAUCGAACGAGGAGCAACUGCGUGAAUAGACUCUAAGCUACUCUUACGGAACCUAUGCGAUUUCAACUUUGUACAUAACGGGCAUGCUCCUGAAAUUGUUGCGGGCAAAAUGUCCAGCUUCGUUUUCUAAGCUUCUACUUCAUGCAAAAAAUCAAAAAGGAAUUUAUGAAAAGCGGUGGAAAGCAGAAGCAAAAGCGCAGCCUCAAUGAUUUCUCAAUCCACCUUGUUAGCGUUAAUUGCUAAUAUUAAUCAUCGACUACUGUAAAUACACACUAAACUCACUUAUAAAUCUACACCAAGCGAAACAACAAACAAGAAGAAGAUAGUCGUACAUAAACACACAAAAAAGCAUAGCCCAUGUACAUUUCAGUUGGUUUCUAAUCCAAUUCUGCCCCUUUUUGCUGAGCUCUUCUUUUCAGAAUGAGCGCAAAUAGGACACUGUCUUCAUUUAAAUAAAAGAAUGAAAAGAAAA